AUGAAUCAAACAAUCAGAAUCUGCUUAAUUACAUUUUCAGAUUUUAUAACAAUUUAUGAUCCAAAAAAACGCAGAGAAAUCAACAUUUUAGAUCUAAAUGAUAUUGAUAUGUGGUCACUUGAUCUUUUACCAUUAUCAGAAUCAUUGGAUUAUUACUUAAAUAUCCUAACGAGACUCUCAAAUCUCGAAAAAUCAGAAACAAAUGAAAAUUGUUUAGGUUCUUUAUAUAGUAUUGCUUGUAAACUGAUUCCUUAUGGAGGAAUCUUAAUUGUUUGUACAUCAAACUACACAACAACAGGCCAAGGAAUUAUAGAACCAGAUGAAGAACAUAUUAAUCUUUACAAAAACAUAAAACGAACGAAAGAAUUUUAUAAUUCUAUUUCGAAUGAAUUUGUUGAACGAGAUAUUUCAUUACACUUAUUUUUAUCAUCAUCAGGAGAUGAUUUUUCAAGUUUGACAGCACUUCCAUGUACAAUUACAUCAGGAUUCUUCAAUGUUUAUAAGAUGUUCAAUGAAUCAAAAGAUUUUCCUAUUUUAUUUUCAGAUCUUUGUAAUUCAUUAAGAAACAAAUAUUUUUGGCAUUCUCGUAUUGAGAUUUGUCAUCAUCCUGCAUUGAAGAUAACGAAAUUAUCAUUGAACGGGAAGAUUAUCAAAGAAAACGAAGCUUUUUGUUGUAAUUUAUCAACGAAAGAUUCUAUUUUAGUUAAUUUUGAUUUCAAAGAAGGAUAUUUUGUAUCUAUUGGUUCAGGAAUUUCAUCAUUCCAAGUUCAAAUAACUUAUUUCGAUGAAUCUGGGAACAAAAGAAUCAAAGUUAUCACACAUACAUUCCCAAUUACAUCAAAAAAGUCAAUUGUCAGACAAAGGUAUGAUGUUAUUUCUGGAUUCACAUAUUAUGUCCGUUCAUUUGUUGAUUCAAACAGUAUCAUGUUUUUAAGAGAUAUAAUUAAUUUACGAGACCAAAGAAUGAAACAGAUUGCUCGAUUCUUCUUAGAUACGCCAGUUAUUCGUUCAGAACAUCCGAAUGGUGAAGAUGGUCGAUUUUCAGAUUUCAUUUACAUUAAAACAUUCGAUCCAUUCCAAUUGUUUCUUUAUAUCAGAAAACGAAUAGAAUACUUUGGAUUUUCAUGUAAUGAUAAUAACAAUAAUCCAUUUUGCAUGGCAGUCCAAACAGUCAAUUCUAUUGCACUCAUUGUUAGUCGAUAUUCAGAUGAAGAAUGGUUAUAUUCAACAUUUGGAGUUCGAAAUCUUUCAGAACUUCCACUAUUUUUACCAAAUCUAGAUUCAGAAGAAAACAGACAACUCUGGAAUUUUUCACAUAAAUAUUCCAUUGAUAUCGAUCCAAUUAUAUACAUUUAUGAAUAA